GCAGCCUUCUGCACAGAAAACUGGAGGAGCGAAGACCCGAAGGCAUCUUGAAAUAGAAAUUCAUAAGAGGAGGAGGAGGUGAGGAAGGAGGGGGUAUUUAGAGGGAGAGCAGUGGUAUGCCAGGCUCAAAAGCUAGCAUGGCUGUGCAGAAGAAACACAUCCCUCCAUCACAAGGACCGCUUUCUACACGAACCAUCGAGAGCCAGAGGAAGAGGAAUGCAUCAGAAAAAGCAGGAGACAAUGCUGGUUAUCUCAAGCCAAAUUCACAGGCAAAGAAAACAGCCUGCUCCGUCAACAAUGCUGCGAAAAUCUGCAACACAGCAUCUCCACGACCCAACGCAGUUUCCAAUGGACUGAAUGUUGACGAGCGUCUGAAAGCGGCACGGGAGAGACGAGAGGAGCACCAGAGGUUACUGGCCUCUCGGGAGAAUGGCCGGAUGGAGCGUGAGCAGCGAGCCCGACGUUAUUACGAGCUGCAGAUUCAGGAGCGCAGGAAGAAACUGCUGGACCAGAGGCUGAAGGAGGAGAGGAAACGAACCGCAGUCGAGGAGAAACGCAAGCAGAGGCUGAAGGAGGACAAAGAGCGAUAUGAAUCUGCAGUGCGGAGGACAGUGGAGAAGAGCCAAAGGGCCCAGCAGAGCCAAAACUCAAGAGGAAGAAAGCUCACCAAGAACCUUCCACGUCGCUUGCCUCUGACACCAUGGGAGAAGAACCUGGUCAUUCGCCUGCUAACGCCCACAUGCUCUUAUCUGGCCCGGAGCAAGAGUGCUGGGUGUCAGUCAGGAGAAGAAGUUGUCCAUAUUUGUCGCCGUGCAGUUUCAUUCCACUCCAUGAAUUCAACCACCAACUCCACCCCUCACAAACCCCAGCAGCUCCACCACAGGAACUCCCCCAGCCCCAACUACAGCCAGCACAGAAGCAGCAAUCUGGCAGAGAUCGAAGCAUCAAGCCAGAAAGACACAAAAAAGAAGAACUCAAAUACUAAAUCACCUGCCGUCAGCACCAGUGUAAAACCUGCCAAAGAUACACUAAGCAGAACGACUUCUCCCUCACCUGAACGGUCCUCCCGAAGGUCGAUGAGCCGUCACUCCCCCCCGCUGCAGCUGGAGCUCCCGUCUGUUCCCGAGGAAGACAUUUCGGUUUCUGACAGCGUUUCUGACAGCGUUUCUGUUCUCUCGCCCGGGAACUCACGGCCCGUCAGGAAAACAUCUGAAGGGCAAACGAGAGGGGAAAAUCCUCCAGAGGCUCCACGUCUGAACCUGCCCGACAAAGAGACAACGAGACAAAGAAGUCCUCCUCAAAAGCCUCUCCCUGCAGAUCCUCAGCCUCCUGAAGUCACGUGUCGACCCUCAGCCGGGACCACAGACGCCGGCCAGGCCUCUCGUCUGCUGGCUGAGAGGAGGAGAGAGGCGAGGCAACAACGAGAGAGAGAGGAGCGACAACAACGAGAGAGUGAGGAGCAGGAGCGCCUGCAGAGGGAGGAGGCCGAGAGGCGGAGUCGUGAGGAUCUGGAUCUCAGGAGGGCGGAGCAGCGAGAGCGACAGCAGGCCGAGGAUCAUCGUCUCGUGGAGGAGAAGAAGAGGCGGGAGGAAGAGGAGCAGAAACGAGCCGAGGAAGAAAGAGCUCAGGCCAUGAAGGAGGCCGUGCUGCUGCAGAGACAGAGAGAAGAGGAACAAGCCAAAGAAAGGGCAAAAGCAGAGCAGUUGAAACAAGAGCGGGAAAUCAUCGCUCUGAAAGAGGAGGCAGCGCGGACAGUGAGGAAAAAGAGACUUGAGGAGAUCAUGCGGAGAACCAGAAGGAGUGACUCUCCAGAUACAAAAUCUGUUCCUGCGAGGAUUCUGCCAGAUGAAGCCCAACCAAAGGAGAACACAGAGCCGGUUCUCCGUGGUUCUAUCGAGGCGGCUGUGAAGCUGCCGGUGGGAACCAAGAGCUCCGGCCUGAACAACGAGGAGGACGUGGUUCCUGUGGUCGCCUUCAAAGAACGACGCUCCCUCCGGACCCUCAGCGGCCUCGAGGAGAUCCAGACCCACCAACGAGCAGAGGUCAUCUGAGCAGCUGCACAGACGUUCACACACUUUAUUGGAGAGCUGUGUUUUCUCCGUGAGUUCCUGCAGCUAGGCCAUGUUUCUGCACACUGAAAUGUAAGCGUGAGCAUGCAAGAUUCCAGCCUCGCCUCUCACUGAGACGUCAGCAUCACUUUUUCUCUGUGUGUGUAACCAGUGGCACAAAUACUGGGCAAGUUAUUUACUGCUUCCUUUCAGUACAGAACAUAUACAGUAAUAACCACUAUCCAAAAACCAGUACAGUAGAUGUAGACAGUGGAGAUGAUGGAGAGUGUGUGAAGUAAUAGGAAUAGCUCUUCUUACAAUCAUGUUAGCCAUAUGCUUUUUGCUUAUUCCUGAUGUGUCUAAGUACUUUUCCUUCCUCAGUUUGCCACUUUUAGAUUAGCGCUAUGAAGUUAGCACACAAGAGUUCAAUUGUACCUGUGUAAAUUCCUCUCCUACCUGUUGAUUUUGUGACGUAUAGCAAUCACAUAUUUCAAAGCUGCUAAGGAACUUAGUUUCCAAAGACUUUGCUUCAGUUUUAGUGAGUGUUGUUUAAGAGAAUUCGAUGCACAGAGACUUUAUUGCACUCACAGUCUUCUCUGUUUGAUAUUGCGCGCAAUCGCUUUACAAAGCAACGUUAGGAGGCGUAGAGUUUAAGUGAGUUUAUUAUAAGAAAAGCAUAUAUAAAAAACAAAUGUAUCCAAUCCUAAAUAUCCGAUUGCUUGUAACUAUCACGUGUUAAGAGUUGAUACUAUGCCGCUUCUCUGCCUUGUUUUUCACUUAAUUUGUUGUUGACUGUAAGCAUAAAAACUAAUAAAUAAACACUUUAAAACAUGA